AUGACUGGGAAAACGUUACAACAGUUGUCGUCGGCGGAGUUACGCAGCGAGUGCUCGGCCCGCGGACUCAGUGUAUCCGGGUCGAAGUCGGACGUGUAUGUUAGGCUGGAGGAACACCUGAGGGAAAGCGGACUAGUCCCCGAAAAUGUGAGAUACCUUGCUACUGGUUUAGCUUUUAGGCAAAUUGCUUUAACCUUUAGAAUUUCAAAAACAGCAGUGUCUUCAAUUGUUAUCGAAAUUUGUAAAGCAAUUUGGAAAAUAUUGAAAGAAAAACAUAUGCCCACACCUACGAUAGCUGAUUUCGAAAAAAUUGCACAAGAGUUUUAUGAAAAUUGGAAUUUUCCGAAUUGUGUUGGGAGUAUAGACGGCAAACAUAUUCGGAUAAAAUGUCCAAAAAAAUCCGGUAGUAUGUUCUUCAAUUAUAAACAGUUUUACUCUAUUGUUUUGAUGGCUGUUGCAGACGCAAAUUAUAAAUUUAUUAUGACUGACGUCGGAUCUUAUGGAAAAGAUAGCGAUGGAGCAUUUCCUUUGCGAACAUACAUGAUGCGACCAUACCCAAGAAGGUUACUAAAUGAUGAAAAUAAAAGUUACUUUAAUUAUAGACUAUCCAGAGCACGAAUGACAAUAGAAUGUGCUUUCGAUAUAGCAGCAGCAAAAUUUAGAAUUUUGCAGAAGUCUAUAGAGACAAAGGUAGACAAUGCUGAUCACAUUGUAAAAGCAAUAUGUAUGCUGCACAAUGUGAUUAUAGAUUUGGAAAAAAAGGAGUAG